AUGGCUCUUUCGUAUCGCGGCGACCAGCGCGCGAAGUUUGUUUCCCCCGGAGGUCCAAUGCAUGCUUUCUUCCGUGGAAUUCGCGACGAGUGGAGGCCCGACUAUCCGGAAGGAACCAUCCAACUAGAUGGAUCAGAAAAUACCCUGAUGUGGCGAGAACUUAGUGAUUUUCUUGCAGAUUUAGCGGGCAGAGAAGUUAUGAAUUGGCCCGGCACAAAGGGUGCUCAGCUUCCAUCAUGUUCAGAGGCGCUCCUCUCGUGUUCUGCAGCACUGUUCAACGAAUGCUUCAAACCUAACAAGCCGCUCACCCCCGAGCAGGUCGUCGGAGGCGCGGGCUGUACUCUCCUCCUUGAACAGGUCGUUCGCGUCAUCACAGACCCAGGAGAUGUAGUGCUCGUUCCUGUCCCAUUUUGGUUCAUGUUCGCAACAAUUAUUGGAAAGGCGGACGUCAAGCUGUCUCCUCUCCCUGCCUCCGCAAAUCAAUCUGCCGAGCAGGCAGGCAGUUUUAUCCCGGCUGAUGCCGCUAUCAAAGAGAUAGAGUCUCUCAUGGUGUGGUCGGAGUCUACCGAACUAGCAUGGCAGCGACAUAUAGACGAGCUGUUGAGACAACAGAAACGCCCCAGAGCACUUCUGCUCACUAACCCGCAGAACCCACUCGGACAGUGUUAUUCCCGGGACUAUCUUUGCCGGCUUGCUGAUUUCUGCGAAAGGAACGAACUCUUCCUCCUCUCUGACGAGGUGUUCGCACUAUCGGUACACCCCGAUACCUGUGUUCCUUUCACGUCAGUACUGUCCCUGGUCCCCGGUACUGACACGAUCCUCAAACCGGAGCGCGUCGUGGUAUUAUGGAGCGUGUCGAAAGAUUUUUGCCUCAGUCAGGCCAGGGUGGCGUUCGCGGUGAUACCCGCCAACGAAGCCCUGAAAGAUGCUUUGACGUCCUUCUCGAUGUCCUUCCGUAUAUCAUCAUUAGCCGACGCCUUCUUCGUUGCUUUCCUCUCCCCACAAAGCCUUCUAGAUUCACGGUUCCGUGACAUUGUGGGCUCCGGGGAAGGCACACUGGGUGGUCUGGGCCACAUACCUCGAUGGUUUGUGGAUGAAAAUAGUUUACGACUGGAAGACGCAAAAAGGCGUCUCGAGGCGCGGUGCAAGCGGCAUGGCAUUGCAUGGCUUCAAGCCGAUGCUGGCCAUUUCCUGAUGCUCUACUUCGGCGAAUUUCUCAUGCGAGUCCUACCCGAGAACAAGUUUGUGGCCGAAGACGGGUGUGCCUUGGAGAAAAGGUUGUCCGCUCAUUUUCUGAAGCACGGAGUCGCACUGCGGCCUGGGUCCCCCGACAACGUCCCGAGACCCGGGUGGUUCCGCGUCACUUUCUCCAGAAGCACCGAGUAUAUGCAGGAGGCUUUUGGCCGGUUGGAGACUGCGCUCCACGUGGAUAAUAUUCUAGAGACAUUCCGGCGCGACUAAAGGGGAACCUGGCUUGUGUUGAUGCAUAUAUGGUACAUGAUAUCUCCCUGCUACAUCAGAACUCUGAAUGAAUACUGAUUGCAAUAGUCCCAAGCUGCGUAGUACGUAGUCCAUGAUCCUCAUGCCUGAGCCACCUUCGCAGC